AUGCAGUACUCAAAGAGAGCUAUUCUGGCCCUUGCCCUACUCAGCCCUGUAUUCACUUCUUCAAUGGCGCUGCCGCGAGUGGCCGUCAGAGACCACGAUGCACUCUCUGUGACAGAUUCUUCUCUCCUCUCACGGCACCUCCCCGGAGCCAUGCCUGUCAAGCUGAGGAGCCGACACGGCGGCGGAGAGACCAGUGGCUUGAGCAGUGCAGGAGGUGGAGGAGGUUCAUCUACUGGAGAAACAGGAACCGGGGAAACCGGGACAGGAGAGGAAGAAACUGGUACUGGAGAGACCGGUACUGGGGAAGAGGAAUCUGGUGCUGGAGGGACUGGCACCGGAGAGACGGGUACCGGAGAGACAGGUACCGGAGAGACAGGCACUGGCACAGGAGAGUCGGGUACUGGCACGGGAGAGUCUGGCACAGGAGAGACAGGCACUGGCACAGGAGAGUCGGGUACUGGCACGGGAGAGUCUGGCACGGGAGAAUCUGGGACCGGAGAGUCUGGGACCGGUUCUGGUACAGGAGAGACAGGUACUGGCACAGGAGAGUCUGGUACAGGAGGGAGCGGUACUGGAACCGGCUCAGGAGCGGGAUCUGGUACAGGAUGUUCAGGAGGUGCGUCUCCAUCUGGCACACCAAGUGCUGGAGGAAGCAGCGGCACUUCUGGUGGUGGUGAAAGUGGUGAGGGCGGCGCGACUGGCGAGGAAUCCACUUAG